GGGAUCAAUAAAGUAUCUAUCUAUCUAGCUAGCUAUGACCAAUCAAUCAUUUGGUGUUGGCAUAUCUAUGGCCAAUCAAUCAUUUGGUGUCAGCAUAUGUAGGAGCCAUAUUUGGGUUUUGUGAACUUAUCUGUGGAAUAAGAUCAAGUACCUUAGUUAACGUUAUGACAUUAUGGAAAUACGGUUUUAAGUUAACAGAAAUAAUAUAGUUUAAUUUAAAAUGUGUCAUACUUACCUUAAUUACCCUGAGCAGUGUGUUACCUGUAUGUACUUACCUGAUUACCUGUCAAAUGGUAGUAGACACACCCCUUUCACUUGCCUGUGGCGCGAAGUGGUGGCUUUAAUUAGGACAUUCACAAAGUGUGCAAUGGGUUAGAUGGCAAGACGGUACAGUUUUCAGACCGCAAACUACCGCUUUAGUUUUUCCUUUGUUUUCAUAAUUUGUCCAUCCAAGAAAGAGAACCGGAUUGUUUGAAUAAAUACAACAUCUCAUUUACUUCAACUCUCCGUGCGUGCUUACUAUGGAUCGUGUGUCGGGAACCCUUGUCAUAACCCUCACGUGGCAAGUUUUGUUGGAAACGCCACUUCAUUGUCUGAAAACUUCCGAAGACCGACGUCUUUGAAAGAACUAAAGGACCAACUUGUGGAUUAACGCCGAACAUUGGAUACUUACCUCUUGAUGGAACGACGCGUUUGGCCUAAACGGACUUUAUGAAUGGAACGUAUCGUAAUUGGAGCAAUCCAUGAAUGAGCGUAACACCGCAGGAAUUGGAUGCCAAACGCCGGCAAACCGAGUGAGUAAACGAACUGUGAAAGUGUAAACUAUCAUUGAAUAGACUUGGACAAGUUUAUAAGACUUUAUUGACGUGCAUCGUGAACUGUUGAACAUCACCAUGUCGAGACGGCAAAAGAGACUGGCAAACUUUUAAAAUCUGAAAUGGCUUCUCGCCGGGUAAAGCUAGGUGUUUGCACCAGACAAAUUAAUGAAAUUAGAUCUUUGCUUGUUGAAAAUGGAAAUGUUGACCGAGAGGAGAAAAAUAUGCAAGUGCUACACCAAAGCAUUGAGGACUUUAAAAGCAUUCAUAGAUCAGUACAAUCAUUAAUGACCGUGGAGGAGAGGGAAAGUGAUCCUGUUGAUUGGUAUGAACCGAGAGCACAGAACUUUGACUACUUCGUUAAAGAAGUUGAAAUGUAAAAAAAUGAACAACAUAGACUACAGUUAACUGUUGAACCAAAAGACAGCAUUUCUAAUGUUUCCAAAAUAUCUAAAACAUCGUCAGUGGCAAGAAUUGCUGCAGCUGAAAUGGCUGCUCUUCAGGCCCGCAGCAAGGCAUUGCCUGCGCUACACGCACUUCAGAUGGAGGAAGCGGCCCUGAAAUCUAGAAUGGAGCUCAUGAAGAUACAAGCUCAAUUAGCGGAGGCAGAUGCAAAGCUGAAGGCUUUAAGUGACAGUGGAGAGCAGGAGGAUGCCAUGAAUGAGUACCUGGAGGCAAGCAAACAACAACCUGCUGAACCAACUCUGACUGAGGCCUCUGCCCUUGAGUUUAGGCCUGUGGCAACUGUGCCUAAAACGCCACUGCAAAGAGCAGUACGACAUCUGCAGGGUUAGGGUUAGCAGCAGCUCCAGGAGCAUCAGAACUCCCACCAGCCCACAGCUUGAGUCCAGCCAUGACACCGCUGCUGAAAUGCUGCACAGACAAAAGGACCUCACAGAAUUAAUGGUGAGACAACAGAACCUUUCUCUCUUGCCCAAAAGAGAUGUACCUGUUUUUAAUGGUGAUCCUCUGUCUUUUCAACCUUUCAUUCUUGCUUUUGAACACUCAAUUGAGAACAAUACCAGUAAUUGCCAAGAUAGACUCUAUUUUCUUGAGCAGUUUACAGAAGGACAGGCUAAAGACAUAGUGAGGAGUUGUAUGCAUAUGGAUGCCCGUCGAGGCUAUGCUGAAGCAAAACAGCUUUUAAAGAAACAUUUUGGAAAUGAAAUGAAAAUUGCUAAUGCAUACUUAGAGAAGGCUUUUAACUGGACACUAAUAAGACCUGAUGAUGGAGAGGCUCUUCUUGCGUAUGCUUUGUACUUAAGAGAAUGUCUUAACGCAAUGCAAACUCUGGACCAUCUUGAUGAACUGAAUGUAGCAUCUAAUUUAAAGUUGCUCGUUUCUAAGCUGCCAUAUAAACUUCAUGAACGGUGGCGAAAUGUAGUGUAUGAACACUCUCAAAGAAACAAUACACGCAUAAGAUUCACUCAUCUUGUGGAGUUUUUGGAACAUCAGUCCAGUGUACUACUCCAUCCAGUGUUUGGUGACAUUAAAGAUCCUCCACCAAGUAAAAGUCCAGUCUUGAAAGCCAAACCUGACACGAAGACACCUAGAAGGGGAAGCAGCUUCGUGACUUCUGUAAUGCCAGCUGAAUCGCAGUUACAGCCACAUGAACAGAAAGUGGAACACCUGAAGAGAAAUGGACAUUGCUUUGGCUGUCUUAAGAAGGGACAUCUCAGCAAAGACUGUAUUAAGAGAAUGAUCUGUGAGACAUGCAAGUGUAAACAUCCCACCUUACUACACAUCAACAGUGAGAAUGCAGACUGCUGUCAACAGUGCACUGAUCACAGCUAAUCAUGCAACAGGGGCCAGACACUGCACACUAGCCAUUGUGCCUGUUCAAGUGAAGGCAUCCAAGGGCUCCAGGACCAUCAUGACUUACGCCUUCCUUGACCCAGGCAGCUCAGCCACCUUCUGCACGGAUAACAUCAGGCACCAGCUCAAUGUCAAUGGACGCAGAACCGAGGUUGUUCUACAAACAAUGGGACAAGAGCAAACGGUGAGGUGCUACGAGCUCACAGGGCUUAAAGUAGGAAACAUUGAUGGAAGCAGGUUCAUUGAACUGCCCAGAGUGUACACACAAGCUAAUAUCCCUGUGUCAAAAGACCAUUUGUUUACACAAAAUGACAUUAAAAGAUGGCCUUACUGUAUCUCAGUGGCAUAACACUGCAAAGCAUUGACGCUGAUGUAGAAAUACUGAUUGGAAUGGAUGUGCCAAAGGCAAUGCAGCCAUGGCAAGUACUUAACAGUCAGAACGAUGGACCAUAUGCAGUCAAGACGCUGCUUGGAUGGGUGGUCAAUGGCCCACUCAAUUCUUGUCCUGCUAUGGAUAGAUGUGGCAAACAGUCAGUCACAGUUAAUCGGAUCUCUUUGGAGAACAUCAAGAAUCUGCUCAUCAGGCAACACAACAAUAAUUUUCCUGAAAAGGAAUAUGAGAAGAAAAAAGAGAUGUCUGAGGACGGGAGAUUUGUGGAUCUAACAUCAAGGUCAGUUAUGUUUAAAAACGACCACUAUCACUUUCCUUUGUCUUUUUGUGAUGAAGAUGUAACUUUGUCUAACAACCAUCUAGUUACAGCACAGCGCACAGUAGGUGUCUCUAGGAGAUUCAAAAUGGAUUCUGCUUAUGCAAAUGAGUACAAAACAUUCAUGAAAGAUGUACUUAAGAAAAGCUACGCAGAAAAGGUGCCACGAUGGAAUACAGAACUGAGUCAGCUGGACAGAUUUGAAAUAGACAGGUGUAUAAAACCUGAGAGCUUUGGCUCAGUAAGGACUGGUUCGGUUGCAUCAUUCCUGUGAUGCGGGUGAAGCAGGUUACGGAACGGUGACCUACCUCCAUGGCACUCACUUUCUUUCAAGGGAGGAAUCUGAAUGGCCUGAUGGGACUUGGGCCACCUACCCCACAGUGAUCCUGAGGUAAAAAAAGACAUUACUGUAAAUUGCCUAAAGCUGGAAACUAAUGCAACUUCUUCCCUGAUUCAGUA